CACCAAGUACUGGCCAGAUGCAAACAAACACAUUAGCUAUGGAAAUGUGUCGGUUAAAAUGAUGGAAGAAAAAGAUUAUGCAUUCUACAUAAUUCGGAAGUUUACAGUAUACCAUAAAGAGACGAAGAGCAAGCGUCUAGUAACCCAGUACCAUUAUACUGCUUGGCCAGACCACGGUACCCCAGACCCUCUUUGUCUUGUUAUUUUCCUUGAUCAUGUGACCAGGACAGAAGCCAGUCAGAGAAAAUACCCAACAGUUGUGCACUGCAGUGCGGGUAUAGGUAGAACGGGGACAUACAUAGCAAUAGACGUCCUGAACCAGAUUGGAAAAAGGACAGGGAAAGUCAACGUAGCAGAAUAUGUCAAGAAGAUGAGAGAAAACAGGAUGAAUAUGGUCCAAACAUAUGAGCAGUAUAUGACCAUUUUCCUUGCUUUAAAUGAAAUAUUUAAAUCCCCGGUUAACAGCGUCACCGUUGAUGAAUUUACUAAAACGGCUGAAACCAAGAGAACUGACAAACCAGCCAAUCAGAGUGCACUUCAAAAGGAAUUUCAGCUUCUGAUGAAGAUAAGACCCACAUACAGCGAUGAAGACUUCAAGCUAGCCAAGGAAAGCUGUGGAGACAUUUAUUUUAACGGUGUAUUGCCCUUGGAUAAAUACAGCGUACAUCUUUCUUCUGUUGUGCCUAAAAGGGGGAAUUUUAUUAACGCCAUCAUUGCUCCAACAUACAACAAGAAUAAUGCAUUUAUUGUAACGCAAUAUCCAACGAAAGAAGACGCUAUAGACUUUCUGCGGCUGCUCACAGAUCAUGAGUCUGACACCCUCGUCUGCAUGGAUCCAUUGAACCAGAUCGACUCGAGUAAGGCAUGGUUACCAAGCCCCUCCUCCUCUAAGACAAUCCCUCCUUUCACCAUACACUGUCAAUCAAAAUCUGGAACUGGCUUCAACACUACCAUUGUUCACAUCCUGCAUAAUAAUAGUGAGAAUGAGGCUCAUCCCAUAACAAUAAUUGAACCAAAAGUCAGCAUAAAAACAUCCGAACCUACUCUCGACACCUCUCAGCUUCGGAAUCUGGUUUCUGUCACAUUGGGUGUUGAGACAGAAAACCCUAUCACAGUAGUUAGCAGUGAUGGGGCGUCCCUGUGUGGUGUUUUUUGUGCCGCUCAUAACGUAAUACAACAAAUAAACAUGGAUAGCAGGGUAGAUGUUUUUACUGCUGUGAGACAAUUACAAGUUAGAAGACCAGAAUUCUGUUCCAAUCUUGAUGAAUAUCGCUUCGUGAUCAAAGCUGUGUAUGAUCACAUUGAAAGUUCCAGCGAGAGUAUAUACUGCAAUCAGUAAAAAGGUUGAUACAAAGAGGUCGUUGAUCAAAAAAUACUACUGACACUUAUUUUAUUCAAAUGGAACUGCAUCUACAUGAAUCGACCUCCAAGAAUGGAAAUGUCUGUUCCUGCGUGUGAUUGACACCCAUGCAGAUUUGAGAAUUUAUAAUUUUGUUACUUAAUUUUAACACUUACACCCCUCAUAUAUCUAAAUGCGAUAAGAUGCAUUUAAAUACAUUAUACAGAAACUAUUGUGCUUUUUAACCCAAAUUAUUUUUGACAUUUAAAAGCAUUUAUAUAAGCUUUUACGGUAGCUGCAGAACUGUAGCGUUAUGAGUUUAUAUAUUAGUCUUUGACCAUAACGCUGUGUACAGAUCCCGUAAUGCAAAUAUAGUGCAGUUUACCGUGCAUGAUUUUCUGCGCACGGUUGGGGAGAAUUUCACAACUUUCUAGCAUUAGUCAAUUGACUACGCUUCACUACCUAAUUCUAGACAUAUUCUUUAAUCAACCUGUGUAUUACAUCCAUCUCCUUACCCUUCACAGUCGUCUCUACAAACCAAUGAAAUCGAUUGUUUUGAAUUUUUUGUCUGCUGGCAGAAAACCGGAACGGUACAGUUCUGCAGCUAUGUAUACCGAAGCUACUAUGCGUCAAUUAUGUGUUAAGAUUACAUAUCAAUUUUGACAUAUAUUUUCAUUCUGUAGUAAUUUGUUUAUGACUGAUUCACAUAAAAUAUACAUGACUGAUCGAGUGAAAUUCAUUUGGUGCCUCAUUUCUAUACAAUUUAUAUUAAAUCAUUGUACGAGGCUUAUCCAAGAAAAAUGCGAAGAAUUUCAA